UACUGGAUCGAAGACAGUUGGAAAAAACGAUUUUGUAGUCGUCCGAAAUUUUGGGAUCGCCAUUCUUUCGGACUGUUCACAAAGAUUUAAUACGCUUCGUGUCGCCGCCGCUGAAGAGGACAAAUAUAUGUGAACAUGUACGCAUGAUUUCAUGAGAAGACAAGCACGAGAUUCAACGCCAAUCGCCUAACGACCCUGCACCGCAUCAACAUAUUGACCAAAAUGGCGGUGGAACGUUCCACCUACUUCAUCACUUCCGCCGUGCUGCUGGCCUUCUCAGUCGCGUACGUCUUCUCCUACUGGAUCAAUUCAAAGCGAAAUCGGUACCUGACGUCAGACUUCAGCCUAGUUCUGUACAUGACACUUCUUCUUUUCAUUUGUGUCAUUUGCAUGCUCCGUUAUCUCAUCCCACGCCAGACCAGUAGCUGGGAAAUACAACAGGAAGCAAGACAAUCUACGCAUGCGCAUCGAAAAAACCGAGCUGUCAUUUCCUGUAUUGCGAAAUGCGGGUUGGUAAUUUUUCUCAUAGGUGCCAUUAUGUUUGACUGUGUUUCCACAAUUGGGCUUGUGAGUUGCAUGGACGUGUUCCUAGCUGAUAACUGUUACCAAAAGGAAAGAAUGGUGACUGUAAUCAAUAAGAUAGCAAAAAUGCUCUUCAUGGGCAUCCAGGCCACGUUCCUAAUAUCUGAGAGCGAGAUGUAUGUCAAAUAUGGCCGAUCGAACACCAGCCGGAACGUCUAUAUUGUGAACUCAAUUAUGAAUUUCACGUUCGUGAUUUUCAACGCCUUGCAAGAAGUAAAAUCGGCCAAUAAAGGUGUACAUGGCGUGUACUGUGUGAGUCCGUCGUUACCCGCGAAUGCCUCGACGGCGGAGAAAGCCAGCUUCCAACACCAGUACGACUGCAUCAACGACCGAACCCACAUGGACAAAGCGGCAAUAAAAGUCGGGCCAUAUCUCCACCCGUUUCAUUCUGAAUUCUGCACAAUGGCGACCACCCUCAAUCUCAUUCUUUGGAAACUGUUCUCAAAUGAUAAGUUGAAGAAUGACGCAACAUCUACAAAGGAAUGUCGCAGAAGACGCCGAAUAAGAUCGCAACGAAUUCAUCCACAUGUCUCUAUCAUGUCCGCAUCGAAUUUAUCGGAGGCUCCCCCUGACGGGAAUGAUAUGACGUCAUUAGAGAGGAGGCGUCUGUUAGAAAAUGAAGAGACUGCGUUUGAAAAUGAAAUUGAAGAAAAUGAGUCGGAUUUUGAUAUCAGUCUAACGACUGAUAGAACUUUCGAAAGAAUCGCAUCAUUCGGUCGGGACAACGAAGCGGAUUCUCCAGAUAUUGCGGUAUCAACGACCUCGAGACACGAUCAAGUGGGCGAAUCCGAAGGCUACGGGUCAAUGGACGGGAAUCACACGAGUCCGCGGGGGCCUGCCUCCGAUAGCCAGGAAGCCGGGUGUUCAUUCCCGUGUUGCCGCGAUCAGUGUCGGGGAUGCCUUGAUCCAAGACCGCGGCAAAUUUACGGCCCGGACAACGGAUGUGGUUUCAUUGCAUUCGCCAGUCUCGCCCUUCUCUGCGUGGAGACCGUCAUGUCUCUGUUGCUACAGUCAAGAGACACGCGGAGGAAGUUGUUUACACCCCUCUACGUCAUUAGCACCGCCAAAAUGUCUCUCAUGCUAAUCACGUCCGUCUUCCUAGCAGAGAUUAGCCGCAGGAAGCUUCAGACGGGUCCAAAAGUUAAGCAGACUCUGUCGGUCGGAUCAAUCGUUCUCAUCAUAUCGGCUUUCAUAAUAUUCUUAUAUCGAGUUCUUGAAGGGGUCGCUGCGCUCGACCUUUUGAUACUGGCACCGAAUUCAACUAAAAUGGACGCACGUUUCAUUGCCGAUCAUGAGUUCACCCUCGAGGUUCAAAAUAUCCUCGAUUUCUUCAAUGCAUUGCUCUACAUUGCGCAAGCCGCCAUUCAGACAAACCUCGUUUUGAGAAUCCACUGGAUUAUGAAACGGAACUGGCCCGAUGACGUCAUUGCCUCUUCGACCGCAAUGCAGUUUACCACAUUCCUGAUGGCCGCGAACUUCUCCCAGUGGCUCCUCGGGACUGUGGUGGAGAUGAAGUACCCCAAGGUCAACUUCUCGCAAGUGCUGUACUAUGACGAUGCGACCUGGAAGGUAGUAGUCUACGUGUUGUAUCCGUUCGUCAUUUACUAUCGAUUCCACUGCACCAUGUCAUUGGCAAAGCUCAUGCUGUGGAGACGGGAAGUCAAGAACGCUGGGCAGCUGGGCACGCGGAGAGAGGACUUCCUCGCAACAUUUGCUUAUUAUUAAAUAUACGACAUUAUAGUAUGUUUUCUGUGCGCUGGCCUCAAAAUUCAACUGCGCCAUGUCCCUACUGAGAACAUUUCUGAAGGCUAGGACACUGGACGGUACAAGGGCACUAACGGGACAUUUGUUUAUCACGGCACUGUAAUCUUUAUUCUACAACCUGGUGUCACGGUCCCACCACGUCCACUGUACCAUGUCCCUGGCUGAUUACCUGCUAGGAGGGAGGAAUAUCAAGAAUGCCGCCCAUGGUGGCAGAGUACACGAAGAGAGGAGAUGGUCGGACCGGCAAGUCUGUUGGGGACAAACUUGGAUCAACCUUAGUGUCAAAAACACGGACAAAGAGGAAAAAAGACAAUUGUGGAUAAGUUUAUAGAAAGUAUAUUACUGAUAUUCUUGAAAUUCAACAAAGAUAGCUUAGUGAAACAGCAUAAAGAGUUUUGUAUAGUGUUCGGUGGAGGCCCAGUUUUUUUAAAUCACCAAUAGGCGUCUCCACUGUCUCACAUACAUCAGCACUUAUCCAGCCUACCAGUUUCUAUGGCGAUGUCAACCAGAACCAAGAGGGCCUUUUAAUGCCAAAAGGUGGCAGCAGUAGUUAGCGGACCAAUGCAAUACAGAACCUCUUGUGGGUGAAAUUGACACGGGUUUGACAUUGGCUGGAAAUGUACUGUGUGUCAGAUCACUAACGGCUACUGCUACCUACCGGUCAUAAAGUUUGUUACUCAACAUGUUGAGCAACCUGCAGACCGGACCCAGCGGGCUGGACCCCUAG